AGUAGCAGCAGCAGCAGCAGCCGCCAUAGCGUGAACAUAGUAAUUAUGGUAAUCUUGAAACUCUUGCUAUUUGCUGUAGUAGUAGGAGUUAGCUCUCAGUCCUAUCCUCACUUUGAGUUCAGAGGAGAUGUUCUGGUAAACAACUCCUUCAUAGUUCGUGGACAACCAGUAAACAUUGGAGAAGGCUACAAUGACUCACUGCAUUGUGUGACUGACAACUCAGAGUGUUGUAGCAAUGGACAAGGUGACUGGUAUGAUGAGAGGGGGAGACAAGUCCAGCAGGGACCAGAUGGAGAGGGUGACCUGUAUGUCACUAGAGGAGAUGGAGUGGUCUAUCUCAAUCGCCGAAGAGGAGGAAGUUCAGGAAUGUGGAGAUGUGAUAUACCUGAUAGUAAUGGUGUGAACCAGAGUAUCUACAUCUACCUUGGGACUCCAGAAACAGGUGAAUUGACAUCACCAGCCAUGUACUUCACUCUGGACUCAGAGGCAAAUGAGGAUCCUCCUGAGUUCACUCUCACAUGUCAGAGUAAGGGAGGACCAGUCACAGAGGUGGUGUGGAGGAGGAAUGGAGUGACAGUAGAGGAAGACAGUAACCACACCACCAGUCAGAUCAUAGUGGACACAUCAAGUAACACUGUCUAUAACAACACUCUGAGAGUCAGGGGAAGAGAGACAACUGUAACAUAUAGAUGUACUGUGAGCAGCAACAGGCAUGAGUAUGUCCCAGGUUCCUUGCUUAGAAGAUCGGCACAGAUGUUUGUUCGAGUUGCGAUGGAACCUACAAGUGUCAGUGCUACCUACAAGACCCCCACCAGUAUCUCACUAGAGUGGACGUUUGCCAGUGCACCCAUCUAUGACUAUAGCUAUGUGGUCUACUAUGAGUCUGGAGGAGAGAGUCACAGUGUGUCCUUUGCUGACAAACGGAGAUCCAGAGACAAUAGUCAUCUAUCGACUGGUCUUCCAGUUGGAGGGAUCCACACUAUCUAUCUAGUGGCUCUGGUAGACCUUCCCAGUCCUGUGGCUGUCAUUCCUGUUGCAGCAGAGUCUCCAGAGGUGGUGGUGUCAGGAGAAGGGUCAGGAGUGGUGGGGACCUCAUACACACUGACAUGUAGAGUCAGUCUACCCAGUGGAGUGGAGCCAGACUCUCUUGAUGUCCAGUGGCUGGGACCAUCCACUGAUGAACAAACUGUUGACACAACUGACAAUAGAGAGCUCACCAGUCAACUCUCACUAGACCAACUAUCACUGGCUCAUGGAGGAGACUACACCUGUACUGCCAGCUACACUGUGGAUGGAGGGACAACUGUUACAACAAGUGACACAGCAAAAGUUAUACCCAUUAUUGCACCUCCAUCUGUGAUGCUCAGAAUAAGUGAAGACACUAUCCUAGUCGGAGAAGAUGUGGUAGUAUAUUGUGAUAUUGAUCUGAUUGGAGUGGUGAGAGGAAGAGAUGUAGCAGUGGAGGUGACUUGGUUUCAAGAGGGAGUCCCAGUGAGACCUGACUCAAGACUCACCAUAUCUGGAGCCACUGGUGAUGCAUAUCUGGGAAGUACAGUCAGACAGUGUCACGGUCCAGUGGAGAGUGUCCCACAUAUCCUACUCUCCAGAGACAUAUGUAGUACAGUAUGGCACUAG